UUUGUUGGGGGUUAAGGCGUAUGAGACCACUGACAGUGAAAAGAAGCUGGGAAAGAGAGAGGCUCUCUUAAUAAGCAACCUGCUUCCAGUGUCUGCAGGCAGACUGAAAGCAGUCCAGAGAGAGGGAGGAAGACUGUCCAAAAGAAAACAGAGUUAGGCAACUCGUGGAAGAUUUUGACGAGUGUAGCGGAAGACAUUCGGUGGAGUUGAGAAGUAGCCAAGCUGAGCUGACUUUCCCCCCUGAGGAGGAGUUGCAGUUGCCGGCCAGGGCAGGUCCCAAGGCUGGCAGGGGCUGGCCCUACUGCUUCUCCACCUCUGUUUCUUUCCUCCUUUUCCACUCUUCCUUAUCCUCCCUUGAAGAAUCGACUGCUGUGCAGUGGUUAACUUACAGGUAGAGCCUGUAAGAAGCGCAGGAAUGCUUGAAUAUUCCUCAAACGAAGACCACUCCAGAGGAUGAGCCUUUUCAUAAGAGGACCUCUGCUGCCGUUUUGAUCUUUUUUUUUUUUUUUUUUGCACUCACUGGUUGAGUGCAUAGUGGAGAAUUUUAUACUUUUUUUUUCUGCUCCAUUUUUGUUUUUCAAAACCGGAACGCUGGCAACCUUUUCGGUAGCACGGUGCAAGGACCAGUUCCACUCACCCAAGAUGAGCCGCUGGCUGAAAUGCACCUCCAUGCACUUUAACACAGACUGGAACAAGUACGAUGAUCGGUUGAUGAAGGCAGUCGAGCGAGGGGAAGUGGACAAGGCGGCUGCUGUUCUGAGCAAGAAGGGUAUCAUCCCAACCAAGCUUGAUGUGGAGGGACGCUCUGCGUUUCAUCUGGCUGCAACACGAGGACACUUGGACUGUCUCAAUCUCAUCCUUUCACACGGUGCUGAUGUCACUGCGACUGAUGCCACUGGUAAAAAUGCUCUUCAUCUCGCUUCAAGAAAUGGCCAUUCGCUGUGUGUGCAAAAACUCCUUCAGCAUAACUGUCCAGUUGGAAAUGUGGACCUUCAAGGAAGAACAGCUCUACAUGAUGCUGUCAUGGCAGGCUGCUCAUCCAGUGUGAAACUUCUCUGCGACAGUGGCGCUUCUGUUAAUGCCAGUGAUUUUGAUGGCAGGACUCCUCUGGUGCUUGCAACCCAAAUGUGUCAUCCACGCAUCUGCCAGCUACUUGUUGAGCGAGGGGCUGAUAUCUCUGUGCGGGACAAACAAAAAAAAACAGCACUCAUUCUCGGUUGCGAGUACAGCUGCAAAGAUGCAGUGGAGGUGUUGUUAAAGAGUGGUGCUGAUGUGAAGGACGUGGACAGCUUGGGUCAUGAUGCGUUCCACUAUGCUCGUCUCAGCAAGAAUCCAGAGCUUGUUAAUUUGGUCAAAGGCUACCUCGAGAAAGCCAGCAAAGAAAAAGAGGCAACAAAAAUAGAACAGUGGAGGAGACAGCAGUCGGUGGAGCGCUCGGACACCAUGGAGGCUAACAGAAGGGAUCAUAUGAUACAUGACCUAGAAAGGCAGAACGAGUCCUUGCAGGAAAGUCUCAGGAAGUACCAAUUGGAACAGAGGGCCUUGUUAGAUAAAGUCAUCCUGUUGCAACAACAGCUCACACAGGAAAAGAAGACAGUAGACGACGCUCACAAAGAGAAGGAGCAAUUAAAGGUGUUACUUAGUGCCAACGAACGAGAAGGGUCACGAGGCUUGGAGACUGUCAAGGUCCAGCUCAAAAGCACUAUGGGGGACUACUCUGGACAGUCAGUGAUCAAAGGAAAAGAGAACAUAUUGGUCAAGCAAGCUUAUAGCCUGGAUUCGGAUCAGAAACUCCAGAAUCCAGCAAUGUCUCGUUCACUGUCCAGACCAUUAGAGAAGGGUCUCUCUGGUGAUCUUGAAAUUCUUCGGCAUGAGCUUGAGAUGCUCAGAAGAAAACAACAAGUAACCGAGGAGGAGAGGGUGCGGCUUCACUCAGCUCUGAGCAGAAAAAAUCGAGAGUGCCAAGAACUGGUUCAGAACAGAGAUCUCAUCCAGAAACAGGCUGACCAGCAAGUUCAAGAACUCGAGGAUGCCUUGGGGGACGUCCAGAAGAGGAUGCUUGAGUCGGAAUGCAAAGUUAAACAGCUGCAGGCCCAUGUGGUUGCGGUGAAGGAACACUUGGGAGGCCAGGCCACGGAAGAGCUUCGUGCUCAGCUUCAGGAUAUCAAAGCCAAGUAUGAGGGGGCUUCAGCUGAAGUGGGUCGGGUUCGCAAUCGUCUUAAACAGAGUGAGAAGGCAUUGGAGGAGUACAAGAACAGUGAGAGCCAGCUGGCAACUGAAGCUGAACGGUUAAAUGAAGAGCUCGGAGCUGUGACUGCAGAGAGAGAUGAACUUUCGGAAACUGUCCUCGCAAUGGAGACACAGCUGAAGGGAGCUCAAUCUAAGCAGGGCAGCAUGGUACCGGCCGAGAAAUUUGACAACAUGAAAAACUUACUGACGAAUGCAGUAGAUGAAAAGGAACGUCAGCUUACUGAGCUCCGAGACGACUACGAUCGUGUUCUGGAAGAGGUGGCGGAACUCCAUCGGAAGCUAGAUCAUCCGACUCAGGGAGGAGCAGGAGCAGGGACUGUGCCCACUGAGGAACAACAAAAGAUUCAGGCUGCCCUGGAAGAGCAAAACAUCUCGUUGAAGAAAAAACUACAUGAUGUCACUGCAAAAAGCCAGGCACUUAUUCAUGAGAUGGAGGAGAGUGAGGAAGAGCGGGAGAUACUGCAAGAGAAGCUGGAGGAGUUGAAUAGCAGGCUUGAGGUCGACUUCAUCCCAAUCCAGGAACAUGAGGAAGCUCGAAUGAGAAUGCUAUCGGCUGUGGAGGAGCUGGAGGACAAACUCGUGGAAGCCAGCGAACGUUGUGGCAAAGCAGAGGCACAAGUCCAACUGCUUAACACCGAGAAAGUGACGCUUCAGGAGAAUAUUAACAAUCUGCAAGGUGCCGCAGAGAAACAGCAGAGUGAAAUGAAAGCCUUGAAAACUCAGAAUGCUGACGUGAUGAAGACAUUUGAACUUUUACAGAGUAAGUGUGAUGACAGAGAAAAGUGGUGUGCCCAGCUGACAGCACAGAGUCAGACUUUGAAACUGAACCUGGAGGGAGACUAUGUGCCGAGACAAGAGCAUGAGCAACUGAAGAUAGAGUUAACCUCCACGUUAGAGAGUGUCAAGUCUGAGAAUUUGAAUUUGGAGUCCACGGAGAAGGAAGUUCGAGAGGAAUUAAAGAACGUGAAGGAAGGAAACGCCAAGUUACAUGAAAAGUUGGAAAAGGUUCUGUUAGAGAUGAAAAAUGACUAUAUGAGCGUGAAGGAUCACAAAUGUAUGACUGAAAAGAUGGGCGCCGCCGUGGUGCAGGCAGAGAAUAGAGCAAACCAACUGUCGGCGAUGCAUGCGUUGGCCCAGGAGGAAAAUGUGAAGCUGACACAAGAACUGCAAGCCCAAAAGAAAGAACUCGAUACCAUCAUGGAGGCUAUUCAGUCCAAAUUUGUCCCACUGACAGCCGUUGAGGAAAAAGAAAACUCCUACAAUACCCAAGUCAAGGAGUUGAAGGUUAAACUGUUGGAAAUGGAAGAGAAGUAUAACAGGGAGAAGUCUGAAAGAGAGAAUAACAAACUGGAGAAAGAGAAACUGAAAGUUGAGAUCAAAUCUGUUCAACAAAGACUUGACACUGCUCUCGUCACCGGUGAGAAGCGCAAGGGAGAUGAGGAAGAGUUCAAGGGCCGAUAUGAGGCGAUGGCUCUCAAGUUAAACGAUGUGGAGCAGAAGCACAAGGAGGUCAAUCUUCAGAAAGCUGAGCUUGAAGACCGGAAUGCCCUGUGCAACACUCAAAUCCAGAAUCUCCAGGACCGUCUAAAAUCGGAGCUGACACGCAUUGCAACCUAUGACACGGAGCUCAAGGCCCUUCACGACACCAUGCAGCAAGCCCAGGCGGAUUGCAAGAAAGCACGAGAGACUGAGCAGGUGGAGGCCCAGAAGGUUUGUGCCCUGCAGAAGGAAGUUCAGGAACUCCACAGAGAACAGGCAUCUCUGUUGCAGAAGCACACCAAGGCCAGUGAAGCCCUGGAGACGGAAGUCGCUGAGCUUCGAAUGGGACUCAGAGAAGAGCAGGAGAAUAGCGGCCAGAGGGCCGAGGACGUUUCGGCCCUACAAUCUGAACUUCUUCAAGCCACUCAAGCUCUCGAAGAUCUUCGCUUCAAGGAAGGUCAUAUGGCCCAGAUGAAGAAGGAGAAGCAGCAUCUCGAGGAGGAAGCUACCAACUUGACCAACAAGCUGUUGAGUUUAACAGAGGAAUGCAAAGCGGUACACCAUGAGGCGACUCAGGCGAGGGAGGGGGAGAGCAAGGCCAGGAGGGAGAUGGAAGCUGUUCAUGAGAAGGGACAGGCCAUCGAACGAGAAAUUCGGGAGCUGAAAGAACGCUAUGAUGAGUCACUCAGCACCAUUGGUGAUCUUCAGAGAAGGAUUCAGACAUCAUCUCAGCUGACUGAAGCCAAAGACAAGAAGAUCACGGAAUUGCUGACGGACGUGGAGCGGCUGAAGCAAGCUCUGAAUGGUUUGUCCCAGCUGGCGUACACCAGCAACUCCCCGAACAAAAGGCAGAUGCAGCACAUCGACACCCUCCAAGCCCAGAUCAAGAACCUACAGCAGCAGCUGGCUGAUGCUGAGAGGCAACACAGAGAAGUGGUUUCCAUCUAUCGAACACACCUCCUCAGUGCAGCGCAGGGCCACAUGGAUGAGGACGUCCAAGCUGCCUUGCUACAGAUCAUCCGCAUGAGACAAGAAUUUGUGUGUUAAAGCUUUCUUCAGCAUCAUGUGAUGCUACUACCUGCAGACUCAAAUUUACCAUUCUCACACUUCCACAACACUGCCAUGCUUCACACUGCAUUAUGUCAUCCAGAUGAUCGCUCUUCAAAUGGACUGUUAUUAAAUCCUCUAUCAUCCGAAGCAUUGCUGCACGUUGGCUCCCAAGUACACCUAAAUAUGAAUCGGAGAUACUUCUACUGACAGCUAAGAGUGAUACGCAUACUUAUUGUUAGCAUCUUGAAGGAUUUUUUUAAAAUGUGACAGCGAUAUAUCAAAAAAUAUAUACUGCUUAUAUAGUGUAUGGUGUACUGAAGAUGACCAGCACAUCACACAACAGACACAACAUUAUCGUGACUGACAAUCGCAAGUUUUUGGCGCUAAAUCCUGAUGCUGUUGUAGUACCAAGGCUGACCUAUAGAGACAGCAUGGUGCCACAGUGCAUCUGGACUGCCAGAAAUGACAAAGUGUAAGAAUAGUAGAAGAUGAAAUAAAGGAGCUAGGCUAACUUAUCAGAUAGUAGUGGUUGCAGUCUCUUCUCACUCAUCUUUGUUUUGGUGGAUGACAUGUUAUAAACACACCCAAUACAAACGGUUGCUUAUCUAUUUGUGUUGGGCAGCAGUGUAAGAUUCAAGUUGCUUGCUAAUGUCACAAUCUUGGAAUCAGUGCGAUUGUAAAUAUUGAACAGGUUUAAUAUUUAUGAUUGUUGGCCCUGACCAUUGCUGUCUCGACCAUUGUUUGGAUAUUGGUCAAUUGGAGCUUUGGCCACUUUUAUUUCCCAGAGGAGAGGAAAAAAAAGUUUAAAUUAGGCUUGAUUAUCAUUAUGUGAGUAGGACGGGGCCAGUUAAAGCUGGUCACCAUAAAAAUGAACUCAAAGUGACAUCAUUUGAUAGAUGAUUACUGUUCUCAAACAGCGAUCACUUCUACAUUCCUACUGAACAAUCAGCCCUCAGGCAGGAUGUUUGCUUUGUGCUCUCAGCUGACAUUUGAAGGAUUACAGCAAAUGCAGAUAUAAUCAAAUUUUAUGGGGGGGUUGGAUCCUCUUAUCUCAACAUAGGCUUGUUGCUCUGUGACCAUCCGUGCUUAAAGAGAAGCCUCAGUGCCAAUGUUGUAUACAAAUAAUCGUGGUUUUGAAUUUAAACGUGUGGCGAGUUUCUUGCAUACGCCAAAUACAAAACUUGGAACAGACAGAACAAGUGAAACUGGUCUUUUUAUGCGUAAUAACACCCAAACAUGUCACUCCAAACCUGAAAAUGACUUAGCAUUCUUUCAGAUAAACUACUGGGCUGAUUUAGCAAUCACAGUGGUGCGUUGUUGUGGGUAAUGUUGAAUUUGAGUCAUGGAGGUGAGCGUGUGAGAGAAAGGAGCUCUCUUGCUGUGUAGUUAUUGCGGUGGCUGGUCAUCUCCUCAUUGAAACCUGAGUGUCCUCUAGUGGUCAGACUUGGCAGGCCAAGUUCAUAGAAUGUUAACGCCAGUGUGUGGGAGGAGGCACUUGUUGUCCUCGGAAGCUGCUGAUUGGAGAAUCCUCGAAAAUGUAUCAAUAAAAUGACAAAUGAAAACUCUUGCAGCUCCUUAGGACAACAGCUGCAGCACCUUCCUCGCCCCGAAGCGGCUGCAUGUGCCCCCUCUGGGUGUUGUGUGUUUUGAUUGUUGAGCCAGUCUCUCGUGCCUUUUCACUGACUUUUCCAAUACUUUGUACUACUUUGAUGACUGUACUAAAGUGUGACAGUUGCAACGUUCAGCAGGUCUGGAAGUAGAAAGGCACAACGCAAAUGUUGAGCAAUAUUUACUGUAUAGGAUGACAUUCUAAUCAUCGAACAAAAUACAUUAAAAGAUACGAUUAGUUAACCUCCUAAAAAUGUGUUCUUUGAAGCACUCCUGUCUUUUCCUGUGAGCUUAACACCCUUAAACUCUCAGUUUUUUUGUUUUUGGUUUUUUUUUUACUUUGGACUAAUUUCUUCUGGUUUUUCGGAUGGACUUGUCCGUCAAUCAUCAAGACCUUUAAAUCUGUUCAUACAAAUAUUUGUGUUUGUGAGUCAAUAAGACUAAAUCAAUAAAGUGCCUAACAUAGAAACUAUA